CUUCUUCAGUCUAUCGACUCACAGAUCACCACCAACGAGCGCAACGCGCGUGCCGUCAACAAGUCUUUGGAAGACACUCUAGCUGCACAUGAUCCCGAAAGUAGUAGUUUGUCUCCCAAAACCACUGAUCACUGCAAGCUGCUUGACAAGCAAGAGAAGGAGAGACAGAAAGCUCUCGAGAGCAUGAUUGAGAAACUUGAACGAAACAAGAGGGAGAAGGCGGAGGUUAUGAAAGCGAUCGGAGCAUUACGAAACGACAUGGAAGAAGAGAGGGACCAUUGCAAUCAGAAGGAGAUCAAGGAGAUGAGAAAGAUGUACAGCGAAGAGGCCAAGGAGGAGAGCGAUGGCGAUGAUAACGAUAAUACCGCGAGGGAGCGAGAGAGCAGGAAGAGAAAGAGAGAUGUUGAGACGGAGGAGCACAUGGACAUUGAUAUGCUGAUGUGA